CAUAGAUGGGACUACUUAUAAUAGUUUUCUAUCAGUCCUCGCGUAGAUGUCUUUAGACAACGUAUGAUAAUAGAAAGAUUGUUUUAUAUGAUAAAGUCAGUCGUCACUCCUACAAGUAAACGACAUUUUUUCAAAACUCAAUAUUUUCGUAUACUAAGGAGCAUCGACUAAGGCUGAGCAAGAAAAUGUUUGCGUCCUCGCAACGCCGCUUGGCAGGGAUGUCGAAUUCGACGCGUAAUUUUCUCGUCUCGAAACUCAAAGAACGACAGACGUGCAUUCGAAGAGACGCUUGUAUGCCGGAAGCCGACCACAAAAAGAAUCAUCCAGAAAACAUGUCCGAGUUGGAAAAGUCGUUCGCACGUGAUCGUAGACUCGCAGAUGAAUUGUUGAGGGAGAUGGAAGGAGCGGAAAACCCAGAUGGCACUAUCAGCAAGGAAGCGGCCAACGGAGCUGUAGAGCAGCAGCAGUGGGCACCAGAUAAUAUUGAGCAGUGGCUUCUGGUUGCAGAUGCGUUGUUGGAACGGCAGAGGGAGCUUUCCGUGCAAGACGCUCUGCUAGCUCUUCGUUGUUUCUUUCAUAAUGAGAUAGACGAUGCGAACUUGGUGCACUCGUUGGCAGAAGUUCUGUCUCGUCAGCUUUUGGGACUGUCUGGGUGCGGCUCUUCGCUAUCGGAACGAUUGUUAUGACAGGAUCAGGAAAAUGUGAAUGACUGCGACCGCGAACGACAUCAAGUGAUUUGUAACGCAAGACUUUGUGAAUCUGAUUCUGAUUGAAGAUCCAUAUUAAACUAUUUACGACGGUUAUUAAGGUGAGUUUGACCUGCUUGAGCUUGAAGAGGGGGCUGGAGCACCGAGUCAUCUUUCUAAGGCUCCAGACUUUACGCGAAGUGUCUUGUUUCGAGCAUGAGGUCCGAGAAGGUUGCUCUUCAACCAGAAGAGCAACCUUCUUCUCACCAGCUACAGAGAAGCGACUACAGAAGGCUUGGAAAACGGGCUUGUCUGAGUGGGUGCGGGACUCGUGUGGCUUCUUGGCGAACGAUUCGAUGAGCAGAACAGGAGACCGCAGCAGCCUCAUGGAAUAUUCGUCGAGAGCAGGAGGACGAGCUGGAGCUCUAGCAUACCACGGUGACGUUGCAACGACCAGUACGGCAGGCAGAGGAGCAGAACCAAUGGGCAUCCGCAAGAGGACUGCGACAGAGCAGCUAUCCUCUAUCGUGGACGCGCUUGUCGAGUACAACGGAUGUGAGGAGGAUGCUGGAGCGGCACUUGGAGCACGUGUGUUAGACGACGAUGACGAGGCCAUCAUAUCGUCCAACGAAAUGGAGACGGAGGCGUCAUCAUCGAGUACACGAAUGAACUCCAGAUCUUUGUCUUUCCGUCUAUCCGGCCACGAUAAGCAGCGGCUUUUGACGCUCUUGAUGCGACAUCUAGCCAGUCUCGACUACGCAGAUGUGUGCCGGCUGGCUACCUUCGUCGAGCACAGUCCGAAACAUACACAGAUGUACAAUCUGAUUGUGUUGAGACGGAAAACGCUGCAAAAGCAACUGAGCCUCCACGAGUUGUGGAAUAUGCUGAACUUGCAAACACAUUCAACUCCAAGCGAGGAAGUGGUGGAGCUCUUCAGACAGCGACUUAGCGAAACGACUGCGGCGGACGUCGAGAGAACGCCGGCACGCUUUGACAUCCUGGACGCUGUAGUGGGAUCCUCGCGUAGACGUUUUCAGCCGAUAAACGCGUCUGAUGUUGAGGAAGGAAACGAGGAUAAGCGCCUGGCAGGGGUUUUUCCGAGAAGGCAAGUUCAACAGAGUUAAGGACGGGUUGUACUUCAUAAGAAGUAGGUUGUUUCGCUUUGGCUUUCUUGACUCGGUAGUGAUUGAUGUCUUGCUUCGUCAUGUGCUGCAAGCGAGUGUAUCAUAUCUUCCGUACCAGCAGAACAAAGUCUGCGCGAAGCUCUAAUCACAGUUCGACUUCGAACGAGAGGUGCAGUUGCGAUUUCUAGACGCAGUUUCCGAGUGGGCCUGGAGGAAAGUUGAAAAGAAGGGCCAAGGCACGUGGAAGCAGGUGACGUUGGAUCGACUUGUUUCGUUGAUACGUGGUUACCGACAGCGGGCAGUAACGGUUGCGGAGGUGCACGAUCGCAAAGACGGACAGUCAGAUCCAUGUUAUGCGAUCGUGAACGGGGGAAUUUCGAGGCGAGCGAUUUUCGGUGAAGCAAAGUUUUCCGGAGGGGUCGUUGAUGAAGAAUGGGGUUUCACAUCUGAUGAUGAAGGCUGGGGUACGAGUGUAGGUAAAGGGCAGUGUGAGCAGGGCAACGCACACCUGGCAAAGACUCUCAGAAAAUACCUGAUGCAUUGUACCGGCAAUAUGCGCAUUGCUUGUUAGGUAUCACACAUAGAUCGCCGCUUUUGCUUGUGUGAUUGAUGUGAUGAACGGACACACGUAUAAUUGUACAGAAAUCCUAUGUACAGAUCAAGAAUCACGUUUAUCGGAGUGAGCGGAUCGUUUCUGGAUAUAGAGUUGGAUGCUGCAGUGAACGAUGGGAUGGAAGACAGGGCAGGAGCCAAGCAGACGUUCCUGCGAUUCAAGCGUGCAACGGAAGAUGCCUGGUAGACCGUAAGAACUGCAUUGACAUAUGGAUGAUCAAUACUGG